AUGGUUCUGGCCCAUUCCUUACGCGACAAUGGUACAAAAGCGAGGUUGGUAGCGAUGUUUACGCCAGACAGACUACAGUCCUCCACCAUCGACGAGCUCAAGACCGUAUAUGACGAGCUGAUCCCAGUGAGCUCCAUGGUAAACGAGACACCGGCGAACCUUUGGCUCAUGGACCGCCCAGAUCUGAUCGCUACAUUCACCAAGAUCGAGCUCUGGCGCCUCACGCAAUACCAGCGUGUCGUGUACAUUGAUUGCGAUGUUGUGGCUCUUCGCGCCCCCGACGAGCUCUUAUCACUAGAAGCGGACUUUGCCGCUGCGCCCGACGUUGGCUGGCCGGAUUGCUUUAAUAGCGGAAUGAUGGUCCUCCGACCUAAUCUGCAGGACUAUUAUGCGCUAAAGGCCCUCGCCCAGCGAGGUAUUAGCUUUGAUGGCGCCGACCAAGGACUGCUGAACAUGCAUUUCCGAGACUGGCAUAGGCUAAGCUUCACGUAUAAUUGUACGCCAAGUGCCAAUUACCAGUACAUCCCUGCAUACAAGCAUUUCCAGAGUACCAUCAGUCUUAUUCAUUUUAUUGGUGCUCAGAAGCCGUGGAACAUGCCGAGGCAGGUUGUUCCACUGGAGUCCCCGUACAACCAGCUUCUAGGCCGGUGGUGGGCUGUCUAUGACAGGCACUAUCGAUUACCAUUCAUCGAGAGCGUCCCAGUCGAAACGAAGAAGACCGCGAUUGUGCAAGGUGAGGAAGUCCAUGCCUCUACCCAUGGCCACGCCCCUCAUUAUGAAACACGGUCGACGUCUGAAUGGCAGCAGCCCGGCCAUGUUAAAGAUCCAGCAAGCUUCUACGAGGAAUCGCAUCAAGCACAUGUGGUUGAGCAUGGCCAUUCAGAACUGCAUCAUGAGCAUCCCGAUUCUGCCAAGGUACACCAUGCUCCUGCGCCUAUAUUGAGCAUGGUCCCUCAAUAUGUUCGGGGAGAGGAACAUGUAUCAACGUUUAUACCGCCAUUGCCUCCUGCGCCAAUAGCCUUUGCGCCUCGGGUGAGCCACGAAACAUAUGAGACGCAAACGCAGACGCAGCUACAACCACAGCCGCAGAUACAAUCGCAGCUGCAACAGCAGACGCAAUCGGAAACACCGACAGAGACAUAUCACUCCGAUGGCUAUAUUCACCAACCGCAACCGAUUGCUCCAAUUAUUGACUAUCAACCGGCCCCAUCUCCAACUCCAGAGGCUCCAGUCUUUGAGGCACCCAAAGCCGAAUGGGAUCCUGCUCGAGAGCCACCGCCGGUCAAUACAAUCCCUGAAGGUUUCAGUUUACAACAGAAGACCUACAAUAUGUCCGAAGACACGCAUUUAUUCCAGCCUCCUUCGUCCUAUCCGGAGGCACCGAAAAACAUGUACUAUCAAGUUCCAGCUAAACCGAAACCGCAACAAACCACGGUCUUUCCUUGGGAGAUCCAUGCCCCAAAACCUACGCGCGUGUUCGCUUACGAGGCUCCUGUAGAGGCUCCUGCGGAGUACGAGAAUACUCCAGUGAUAUCCAAGGAACUGGAGCAGCUCUCGAUCCAAAGCGAGCCAUCCCAUCCUGUGCCCUCCCCCUCCUAUACUCGUGUCCCCUUCGAACCAAGUGCCGAAUCAUGGCAAACAUACAACCGAUCCAAUGCAUGGGACGAGGACCCCGAGAUCCAGCGCUACAUUGAGACAAUACAAUCCCAACGCGUACAAUCUAAAGUGACAAGCCCAGGAGCCAAUUCCGACAGCCCUGGGAUAUCACCGCCAGUCGCAGGCCGCCGACCCAGCACCAAGAUUACCGACUUCCCAACUGAUGCCGAACGUCCCAGUCUGCCUGUCACGCCGGCCCCAAUCCACCGCACCAGCUACGGAGACGAGGCCUCUGGUACAGCCGCUUUCCCUACGGCAGAGGGCGUGCCUAACCAGGAGGAAUGGGUGGGUAUCACGGUUGACAUGUUCUCUUCUCUCCUCACCGCAGCAUACUUAUUGUGGCGGUCUAUAGAAUCCCCUGGCUCAGCUCGAGGAGCUGCGCCGUCGGCACUCGGAGGCGUUGGAGGACCCCGAGCAGCUGUUUAG